GCGGAGCGUCGCGCCGUUUUACUCUCUGUGGAGAGACUCGACGUGUUUAUGAGUUAAUUACAGACGACAACAUGGCCACUUUAGUUCUGGACAACGGAGCUUACACGGCGAAGAUCGGCUACAGCCAGGAGAAAGUCAGGGUCAUCCCUAACUGUCAGUUCCGCUCCAAGACGUCCAGGUUAAAAACCUUCACAGCCAAUCAGCUGGAUGAGAUCAAGGACCCCUCAGGCCUCUUCUACAUCCUGCCCUUCCAGAAGGGUUACCUGGUGAACUGGGACGUCCAGAGGAAGGUUUGGGACCACCUGUUCGGAAAGGAGAUGUUCAAGGUGGACUUCGUGGACACCAGCAUCAUCAUCACCGAGCCGUACUUCAACUUCUCCUCCAUCCAGGAGUCCAUGAACGAGAUCCUGUUUGAGGAGUACCAGUUCCAGUCGGUCCUCCGGAUAAACGCUGGCUCCCUGGCUGCUCACCACUUCUUCCACUCUCACCCGUCGGCUCUCUGCUGCCUCCUGGUGGACAGCGGCUUCUCCUUCACCCACAUCGCCCCCUACUGUCGCAGCAAGAAGAUGAAGGACGGCAUCCGCAGGGUCAACGUGGGAGGGAAGCUGCUGACCAAUCACCUGAAGGAGAUCAUCUCGUACCGCCAGCUGCACGUGAUGGAUGAGACUCACGUGAUCAACCAGGUGAAGGAGGACGUCUGCUACGUGUCGCAGCAGUUCUUCAAAGACAUGGAGGUCUCUCAGAUGAAGGGUGAGGACAACACGGUGGUGAGGGACUACGUCCUCCCAGACUUCAGCUCCAUCAAGAAGGGCUUCUGCAAGCCUCCAGACGAGAUGGUCUUCAGUGGGAAGUACAAGACUGGGGAGCAGAUUCUGCGUCUGGCCAACGAGCGCUUCGCCGUCCCCGAGAUGCUCUUCCACCCGUCGGACAUCGGCCUCCAGGACAUGGGGGUCCCCGAGGCCAUCGUGGACUCCAUCCAGUCCCUGCCUGAAGAGAUGCACGCCCACUUCUACCAGAACGUCGUCCUGAUUGGAGGGAACUCUCUGUUCGUCGGCUUCAGGGAGCGGCUGGAGGCGGAGCUACGGUCUCUGGCUCCCGCCCACCUGCCCGUCGCCGUCCUCCAACCCGCAAAUCCCAUCUGCUACUCGUGGGAAGGGGGCCGGCUGCUGGCUCACAGUCCGGACUACGACGAGGUCCUGGUGACCCGGGACGACUACGAGGAGAACGGACACUUCAUCUGCGAGGAGAAGUUUGAUAUCUGACUGAAGCGUCGUGGACAAUUAAAUGUGUUGUUUAUAUUUUAUAUUCUCAUUUUAUACUCGUGUCUGUUUUUCUAAGCUGUCAAUCAAACUAUUCUUAGUAAACUCUGAAAUGACUUCUGGUUAAUUAUGAGUUUGAUUUAAGAAGACUUAUAAUAACGUCCAUGUGUCUAAAUGAAGCUUUUAUUUUGAAGGAAGUGUCUUGACUGACAGAUGUUUUUUAGUUCAGAGAUGAGAACUGAACUCUGAGGUUCAACUGAAGGAGACCAGACAACAAGAGAAGAAACCAGACGACAAGAAUCAAGAGUUUCACAAUAAAAGCCUCCGAGAACAAGCUGGACUUCAUCAAAGCUCCUCUUCAGACACACAAUAUAUCAGCUCAUCACAGUUUGAACCUCUUCAAUCAAUAUUUACUGUUCAUUAAACAUCCACUCCAACAGGAUUCUGUCAUUCACACGUAAAUAAAAAUGUUUUACUGUCAGUUUGUACCUGUACAAAUAGUAUUGAAGGAAAGAAGAUCAGUAAAACAGCUGCUUACUAAUAACUCUUUAAUGUUAGUGUAAAAUCCAACUUCUCCAGUAUUUAACAUGGAGAUUUAUUAUUUAUAGAUGUAUUAUUUAUGCAUACAUUUGAUUGACAGUGUUUCCUCCGGAGCUUCAGUUUGUUUUAGUUUAGCUUUAAUGUCAUUUUUAAUCCAAAUAUUUUAAUGACAUCUUACACAUUCAAAGGAAAACCAAAUAUGAAGAUGCAACCAUUGUCCUGAUUAUACUCACACACUUUUCUGAAGUAACAUCUUCAGUGCCUUAGCAAUACUUGUAUAUCUAAAGGGUGGUAUUAGUACUUUUACUAUCAAUACUUGUAUUUAUACAGUGGUAUGAGUACUUUUACUAUCAAUACUAUACAGUGGAGUAUUAGUACUGUUACUAUCAAUACUUGUAUUUAUACAGUGGUAUGAGUACUUUUACUAUCAAUACUAUACAGUGGAGUAUUAGUACUGUUACUAUCAAUACUUGGAUUUAUACAGUGUGGUAUUAGUACUGUUACUGUUAGUAUCAAUACUUGUAUUUAUACAGUGUGGUAUUAGUACUAUUAGUAUCAAUACUUGUAUGUUUUACAGUGGGGUAUUAGUACUUGUACUAUCAAUAAUUGUCUAGCUGAGGUUUAUACUUUAUAAUAGUAAAACAAUUAUGGCACUUUAUUUAUUUAUUUACACACACCAUGAGAACGUUUCUCCUCUUUUCUUUUUUCCGGUUUCUCCUUCACAAUAAAAGCCCCAGACACAUUCCCUGGGACCCUGCUUCCUAGAAAGUUGUUAAAAGUAACUCCAUAUAAUAGCUUACACUAGCAAUAAAGUAUGUUACACCGUG